AUGCUUGCAGCAAAAUUUCACGAGAAAUUAGUCCCUAUAUACGGUGAUAUAACUUUACCUGAACUAGGAAUAAAACCAAAUGACCUAAAAUUACUCUGUGACAAUGUGAAUAUAGUGUUUCAUAGUGCUGCUACCAUAAGAUUUGAUGAACAUUUGAGGGUUGCAGUUGAAAUGAAUGUAGUGGCAGUAAGAAAGAUGGUUAUCUUAUGUAGACAGUUUAAACAUCUUGAGGUAUUUCUACACAUAUCAACAGCAUAUGCUAACUGUGAUCGUCCCUUCAUAGAAGAAAUGGUAUACAAUCCCCCUGUGGAACCUCAAAAAUUGAUAGAUGUUUUAGAAUGGAUGGAUGAUGACAUGAUAAAUCUAGUAACACCAAAACUGAUCGGCAACAAGCCUAACACGUACACAUACACCAAACACUUGGCCGAGCACCUGUUGUUGAAGGAAGGCUCCGAUCUACCUCUGGCUAUAGUCAGACCCUCCAUUGUAGGGGCUUCAUGGAAGGAACCCGUCCCAGGCUGGAUUGACAAUUACAAUGGCCCCAGUGGACUUUAUGUAGCAGCUGGGAAAGGAAUAUUGAGGUCGAUGAAAGGAGAUUAUCGUGGAGUGGCGGACAUAGUGCCAGUGGACAUCCCCGUCAAUAUGGUCAUCGCGGCCGCCUGGUACACCGCCGUAACCAAACCCAGCUCCUGCCUUAUCUAUCACAGUACCACUGGCUCCGUCAACCCAUUCACCUGGGGAGAAUUAGAGGGAGUUGUGAUGAAUUUCUGGAAGAAAGUGCCUCUUGAUUCUUGCUUUAGAAGGCCUAAGGCAGCUCUCACUAGCUCUGGUUUCCUUCAUGAUUUCUACACAUUUAUUGAACACAUGCUGCCAGCUUACGUUGCAGACCUGGGCUACUGUUUACUUGGAAAAAGGCCUAGGAUGGUCAAGAUCUAUAACAGAUUACACAAAGCUAUUGGAACCUUGACCUACUUUACCAUGCAUUCAUGGGAAUGGUCUUACAAUAACCUUGACAUGUUGACCAGUCACAUGACCUCAGAGGACAAGAAGUGCUUUUACUUUGAUCCACGUGGACUUCACUGGCCCACAUACAUAGAGAACUAUUGCCUUGGAACAAAAAAAUUUCUUCUGAAUGAAGACUUAUCAGGCCUACCUGCGGCUAAAGCUCACCUGAGAAAAUUGAGAAAUAUCCGCUACUGUUUCAACACUGUACUACUGAUCGCUCUGUGGAGGAUUCUCAUAGCCCGCUCAGAACUGGCCAGAAAUCUCUGGUACCUCAUCAUUGGUUUAAUGAACAGAUUUGUGAAAUUCUUUCGGUUGACAAGUACCAUACACAAGCAAUGAAAGAAUCCAUACCUCACAUACCUUGGGAAAUUAUAUCACCAAAUACUGACAGCAAAUCCAUAACAAGCAUUUCUACAGGACUUUUCCCAGACAAGUUUAUUUCAGCCUAGGAUUCUGUGCUGUGGAGAAGCUUUACGGAUGACACAAAUCAAGUUUCAAAGAUUGGGUCUGGUGCUGAUGUCGGAAUGGCCGACAAAGGAAGCAGGAAGACCAGAAUUGGAAAUGUGGCU